AUGGAGUCGGUGAAGGGUGUAGACUUGACAAAGACGUAUGCUAUUGAAGGCUUUGUUAAGGUUCUUAAAGUCUGGGUCUACUGCUGUCUCCCUGAAUUCAGAGCAGGGUUUGGUCACCCUAUAGAAGGUUCUCCGACCCCACCUCUACUUGCCUUCAUAGGUGGCAAAGGCAAGAGAAGGCUCAAGGAGAAUAUGCUGAAACAGACUAGGACUAAGAACUUUACUAUGAAGGAUUACUCUGAAAUGUUCCCUUGCUGGGAUGGUGAGCUGGAAGAUGAGAAGGCUGAUAACAUAGUGAAGGCAAUGUUUUCUUCAGGCUGGGCGUGGGAACAAAGUUACUGGCCUCUUGUCGGAACAAAAAUGUGGACAUAUGUGAAGGUGGAGAUCCAUCCGAUGAAGACAGAAGCUGGUCAGAUGAUGCGAAGCUUGAAGACAGUGUCCCCUUCUCGCACACAGUCUGAUGCAGAAUCACGCAAGAAGGCUCGUGAGUCCCCUGGCCUGGAUGUGGAGACCAUGAAAGGAGAAAUAGUGGGAGCUGUUGAGAAGAUGGCGCGUGAAGGUUGGAAGGAAGACCACACCAAAGCUGGUUCAUCUACUGAUGUACCUGAGGCAAACAAAUCUGAUGGAGACAAAGCUAAGAAGGACAGCGCUGAAGAAAGCAAAGUUGAUGAAAGCGAUGAAAGCAAAGGUGAGGAAAGCAAAGGUGAGGAAAGCAGGGCCGAGGAAAGCAAAACUGCGGAAACAGCUCCCAAAGGAAUGACAACAAGAGCCAAAGCUAGAGACACCCAAGCCACUAAGAUUUGGGAGCAUCUUGUAAAGGGGAUUCUGGGAAGAGAUUUUACUACAGACUGGUCGGAAGUUGUGGUGUUGUUAUCACGGGUUGAUAAUGACAAGAAGAGAUCUUUCUGUACUCGAUAUGCUUUCCAAGCUAUUGUUCACACAGUAUGGAUGGAGAGAAACAAAAUAAGACAUGGAGAGAAGCCUUUACCUUUGGAAGUAAUGAAGAAGCGGAUUGACAAAGGAGUUAGGAACAAGCUCAGCCUAAUGAGAUUGAAAGGAGGAAAGGUUGGUAAACUGAGAGCUGCUCGCAUUGUGGCCGGUGCUAAGAGUGAGCGGCAACGUAGGCUUGCUGCAACUCAGCAGUCUUCUUUUGAUGGAAACAGCACGGCAAAGGUUAUUAUACCUAACCAGCCAAAGCAAGGCCAGGGAUAUAACCCAUUAGCUAAUCUUGAUCGCCAAAAGCUCUCUGCUCUUCUUGAUUGGCAAAUGGCGACAGAAGGUCAAAGGUUCUUCAAGUCAUUGGUUCUACAUACUACUAACUCCUCCAAAUUGCACAUGAAUGUUGGCAUUAAUCUCUUAACGCUCCGAUACACAAAGCACCCUGAAUGGUUUAGGUCUGACAGAAUUUGCAUGUUGGAUGCUGUAGUUACUCAAAUGUGGACAGCAAAGUACUCAGAGUAUCUGGCCUCUCCUGCCAAUCCUGACGGCUCAGGUAAACUACUCACUCCUGGCGCCUUAGACUACUACACAAGCGAGGAACCAGCGUAUAGCAGAUCAAAUAAGACAUCGGCACUGGAGAUUGAUGAUAUAUAUGUGCCAUUAUUGGUCAAGAACGAUCAUUGGGUAGCUUGCUGGAUAUCAAUCCCGAGGAGACGUAUAGUGAUUUGGGAUAGUGAUCUUGCUUACGCUAUAGAUGCAGAAAUUGCUAAGGCCGUGAAGCCUAUUGCACACAUGCUGUCGUACAUGCUGCGUAUGUUAUCUACCGGUGCGGAGUGGGAGUUGUACAUGGUUGAUUUCACACAUGAGCGUGAAUCUGGGGUGCCACAAAACAAACAAAGUGGUGACUGUGGAGUGUAUUGCUUGAAGUAUAUAGAAUGUCAUGCACUUGGCAUGCCCUUCCCACCUCAUGAGCUGUGUGAUAAGAAGAUCAAGACAAUUAGGUGUCAGAUGGCAAGUGAGAUAUUUGAUGAGACCAGGAUAAACGGCACAGAGAAACGUGAUUACAAGCAUCUCGGUGUCUAUGACUAA